AUGGAUUAUACAGUUUCGCUCCAAGUGCAACAUCAGCUGGCAGUGUUCCCGACGCACUUCUAUCAGGGCUACAGCGUGGAGUUACAGAUGAAGUCAACAGAAGUGGACCAAGGGCUUUUCACAGACAGCUACUGCAAAGUGUGCAGCGCUCAGCUCAUCUCCGAGUCACAGAGAGUCGCUCAUUAUGAGAGUCGGAAACACGCCAACAAAGUGCGGCUGUAUUACAUGCUACAUCCUGUGGAUGGAGGCUGCCCUGCCAAGAAGCUCAGAACAGACAAUGGCAGCGAUGAAGGCGACGUGGACAAGAACAAGUGCUGCACGCUGUGUAACAUGUCCUUCACCUCAGCAGUGGUCGCACAGUCACACUACCAGGGUAAAAUCCACGCCAAGAGGCUAAAACUGCUACUGGGGGAGCAGCCUGCCAUCACAACCAAAGAGGCCUCCCCCAGUCCUGUAAAGAGCUCCCCAGAAACGUCUCCCAUGACCUCCCCUCGACAGCGCCGUGACUCAGACCGCUACUGCCAGCUAUGCAACGCCUGGUUCAACAACCCCGGCAUGGCUCAGCAACAUUAUGAUGGCAAAAAGCACAAGAAGAACGCCGCCAGAGCAGACCUGCUAGAGCAGCUGGGCAAGACCCUGGACAUGGGUGAGAUGAAAGGUCUGAAACGAAGCUAUUCCUGUGAAGUCUGCAGCGUCACACUGAACUCAGUGGCACAGUACCAUGCACAUCUGCAGGGCUCAAAGCACCAAAACAAGAUGAAAGUCAGCACCUCCAAAUCUGAGGCCAUGGUGCUGUGCCAGAAAAAAGAGAAGUGUGGUUUCCAGAGAUGGAAUCAGAUCAUCUCUAAUGUUCUCCCUGAUGGUGAUAAGAGUGACGAAGAGGACUCGAAGCCCACAGGCUGGAAAACAUCUGAGCCGGGGAAAUUUGUGGGGCUCUAUAACCCUCACAUCUAUGAUCACUGCCAAGAGAAGAAGAAGAAGAGUGAGAAAAGAAUCCCUGCAUCUGGGACAAAACCUGAGCAAUCCACUGCUUCUCAAGUUGAGGUACAGUGGCUUGGGCAACAGCAGGACAUCUCCCAGUGGAGUUUGGACAUGUCUAAAUGGAAGGACACCCUGGGGCAGGCAGACCACACUCGAAGGCCUUGGGAACCCUUUAAGAUCCUCCAGGGGGGUCUAGGGUGUGGCUGUGUGCGGAAUAUGCUCCUCAAUGGCUGUCAGAUGGGAGGAUCUGAAAGGAGUGACGCAGGCGGUGUGAAGGGUCCUUUGUGA